AUGCCUGCCGACAUUAGGAGCUUCUUUGGAGGCAAGUCCAGCCAGGCUUCUAGUGCGUCUCCCGCGAAACCGCCAGCAAAGAAAGAGGACGUUUCAACCGCUAGGAAGAAGCGAAGCAGAAAGGUUGUCGAUGACAGUGAUGAUGAAGAGGAAGUGAAACCCAAGUCGCCUGGGCCAAAGUCGAGGGCACCGAGCAAGCCUAAACCAGCGGAGUCCCAAGGGGAGCUGACGACCACCUCGGACUAUUUUGCAUCCUCGAAAAAGAAAACAAAACCUGGCAAAAGCGAAGAUGCAACGAAGACCAAGGAAACCCAGCCCUCUGAUACUGCAUCUCUCAAUGGCCGCGAUGCUAAAAACGCCUCUGAAACCAAUGAUACAAAGACCGUCGAGCAACCACCUAGACAACGCUCCCGUAGGACGGCCAAGAAGAGCACCGUUGUUCUAGACGACGACGAUGGCUUAGGAGGCGAUGACAUUUUUGCGACAGAGUAUAAAAAACCGGGUAAAUAUGACGACGACUAUGUCGAGGAGGAUGAGCACAACAAAGAUGAUAGCGACUUUGAGGAAAUGGAAAUAAAACCGGCCAGUGCGGCCUCCGGCAAGUCGUCACGCAGAAAGAAAGCCAGUACACCCGAAUCAGCCGACGUGGCCAUGGAGGACGCACCCGCAGAACCGGCAAAAGCCUCGCGCGCAGCCCGGAAACGAAAGUCCGAGGCCGUUGAUCGGGAUGAAGAUUAUGAGGAUACUAAACCCUCGAAAGGUCCGGCGCGCGCAAAAACAGCCGCGUCGGCUCCUGCUGCCAAGAAACGGAGAGGAGCGGCUGCCAAGAAGGAUGAGCCAGAGAGCAAGGAAAUCCAGGAUAUAUUCGACAGCAUUCCGACAAUCAAACCUCCUUCCCCACCACCGCCAUCAGGUGAGAAGGCCAAAUUCAACUUUGCUGCUACGCAAAGGUCGCGAGAUCCUGUAGCAGGUGGGACCUCAGAAUUGCCUGUUGGCGCUGAAAACUGCCUGGCUGGAUUAUCCUUCGUCUUUACAGGUGUUCUUGAUACCCUCGGUCGCGAAGAAGGUCAGAACUUGGUCAAAAAAUACGGUGGCAAAGUUACCACAGCACCUAGCUCAAAAACCAGCUAUGUGGUUCUGGGAAGCGAUGCUGGACCCAAGAAACUCCAAACAAUCCAGGAUCACAAAUUGAAAACUAUCAAUGAGGAAGGUCUGUUUGAACUUAUCCGGCGACUCCCAGCCAAUGGCGGUGACUCAAAAGCGGCUGAGAAACAUGCGGCGAAGAAGAAGGCCGAAGAGGACAAGAUCAAAGCAAUGGCUGCUGAAAUCGAAGCAGAAGAGAAGCGCAAGCUCAAGGCUAAAGAAGCAAUGACACCUAAAGCAUUUGCAGGGUCUCAAACUCCCUCGGCGUCUCAAGGCGCCAAGGUUGAUGAUCAGCUUUGGACGACGAAAUAUGCUCCAACAUCCAUGAAUAUGAUAUGCGGGAACAAGGGAGCUGUUGAGAAGCUCCAAAAUUGGCUUCAUAACUGGCACAAGAAUGCCAAGUUCAACUUUUCAAGACCUGGAAAAGAUGGGUCCGGGGUCUAUCGCUCUGUGAUGAUCCAUGGACCUCCUGGGAUAGGGAAAACGACGGCAGCGCAUCUGGUAGCUAAGAUUGAAGGCUAUGAUGUUGUGGAAACGAACGCGAGUGAUACAAGGAGCAAGAAGCUCGUGGAAAGCGGUCUUUCUGAUAUCUUGGACACAACCUCUCUGCAAGGCUACUUUUCUGGCGAAGGCAAGAAGGUCGAAAGCACGAAAAAGAAUUUGGUUCUCAUAAUGGAUGAAGUUGACGGAAUGUCCGCUGGAGAUCGAGGUGGCGUCAGUGCUUUGGUUUCCAUUGCGAAGAAAACCCAUAUACCCUUGAUUUUAAUCUGCAACGAGCGAAGGUUGCCAAAAAUGAAGCCCUUCGAUCACAUCACUUAUGAGCUGCCUUUCCGGCGUCCGACAGCCGAGCAAAUCAGAGCCAGACUCUCGACUAUCUGCUUCAGGGAAGGCUUGAAGAUUCCACCUCCGGUUCUGGAUGGUCUCAUCGAAGGAACCAACUCCGAUAUUCGACAAGUUAUCAACAUGCUUUCCACUGUCAAGUUAGACCAGCAGAAUCUUGACUUUGACAAGGGAAAGGAAAUGUCCAAAGCUUGGGAGAAGCAUGUGAUCCUGAAGCCGUGGGACAUUGUCAGCAAGAUCUUAAAUGCCCAGACCUUCGCUCCGAGCUCUAAAACCACUCUGGGCGACAAAAUCGAGCUGUAUUUCAAUGAUCACGAGUUCAGUUAUCUGAUGCUUCAAGAGAACUAUCUGAGAACCAGACCAACGCUAGCUGGCAAUUACCAAGGCAAGGAACAGAAGUUGAAGCUGCUUGAAUUGGCGGACAAUGCAGCCUCUAGCAUCAGUGAUGGUGAUCUUGUCGAUAGGAUGAUUCAUGGAACACAGCAGCAAUGGAGUCUUAUGCCGGCUCAUGCUGUUUUCAGUUUUGUUCGCCCUGCAAGCUUCAUUUACGGCAAUAUGGUGGAGCGUCCCGGUUUUACCAGCUGGCUGGGGCAGAAUAGUAAGCAAGGAAAACUCUGGCGUUAUGUUAGGGAAAUUCAAGGUCACAUGCGUCUCCGUGCUUCCGGUGACCGCGAUGAGAUCAGACAGCAAUACAUUCCGCUCCUCUGGCACAAAUUAGUUCGCAGAUUAAUGGAUGAAGGCAAAGACAGCGUCGAAGAUGUCAUUAACUUCAUGGACAGUUAUUUCCUCACGCGAGAUGACUGGGAUGCUCUGGUUGAGCUUGGCCUGGGUCCUAUGGACGAGUCCAAUGUCAAGCUGGAAACACAAACAAAAGCCACCUUUACACGUUUGUACAACCAGCGAUCGCAUCCGUUGCCAUUCAUGAAAGCCAGUAGUGUUGCGGUUCCGAAGAAGAUGCCAAAGGAAAGGCCUGACAUCGAAGAUGCCAUUGAUGAAUCGGAUGAGGCAGAGGUCCUCGAAGAUGACGCACAGGAUAACGAUGAAACUGAAGAACUUGAUCUGAAGAAAGACAAGUAUGUCCGUGUGCCCAAGAAAUCAGCGGCGCAAAAAGGAGCGUCAGGCAAAGGCAAGAAGGGUAAAAAAGCGAAUGUCAAUGACGAUUUCAUCGACGAUGACGAGAAACCCAAGAAAGGAAAGGGCCGAAAGACCAAGGCAAAGGCCUGA